AUGCUUCUGGACGAGAGCAUGGCUUUGCUGAACGAACUGGACGAAGAUAGUGACAACGACAAAAGCCCGAUGGCCGGCGCGUUUGCGUUCAGCAGCGCAAAUGGCGCUUUUGAGUUGCUCGAAAAAAUGGACGGCGACGAGUUGAAGGGCUUCUUCGAGACGGCGCUGGACGAGGUACUAUUGUCAGUGGAGGUAGCACUGCAGGAGCUCUCGCCCGAUGCAGCGCAGGGUGUGCGCACCUCGGCCCGCCAGCUGAAGGCUCUCAAGGACUAUUCGAACUACUCGUUCCAACGGCUAGACGAGUCGCAGCUUGCGAAUAUCCGAUACAAGUUCGCCAACCACCGUCUCGUGGAGCUGCAGCAGACCUUCGAGCGGCUGGUGAUCGCGCGAACCGCGCAGGACCGGCAGCUGGCGUUCGAGACCGCCGUCUUCAUGUUCCAGCUAGCCCAGGAAGAGGCCAUCGCAAAAGCCAAAGACGCCGAGGCAGAUACCGCCACUGCGGUCAGCGAUGCCACGGACGCAGCGGCAGCCGAGUGGCGGACGCGGCGGCGGCGGCUUCCAAAUGUCGGACGGGGACUGGGCCUGCCCCAAUCCUGGGUGGCUAUACUAAAUGCCUGCUGUCUUUGCGCGCCUCGCAGCUGCUCCAACAUCAACUUCGCGCGCCGAAGCUCGUGCAAUCGCUGUCAGACGCCUCGGCCUGAGGGAGCGAGCGGUGAGAAGCCCAAGCCCAAGGGAGGAGCCGACUUCCGGGGACCUCCAGGUCUUUUCCAGCCAGGGGACUGGACGUGCAAUACUUGCGGGAACGUCAAUUGGGAGCGACGCAAUGAGUGCAAUAUGUGCAAGAGCGCUAAGCCUGGAAUGGCUGGACUGGAUGAAAAGCGCGAUGGUGCUGGAGGCGGCUUCAACGAGCGCCAGGAGCGGGUUGCGUCUGCCAAGAUGGAGGUCGGCGAAGAUGGCUACGACGACUUUGGCAUGAGGAAGAAGAAAGUGAAAGCGUCCAAGGCUGAACGCGAGGCCGCGGCGCUGGCUCGACUGCAGCAGUCAUACAGCGCAAUUUAUCAGCCGCCCCAAAGUGCUACGGAGUCCUCUUGCUAUCCCUCAGCCGCUGUGUCGGAAACGCCCGAAGCGAGGGCUAGUGGUGAUGCAGGAGGGCAAGCCGUUAGCUCGUCAAGGAACGGUGACGAGAAGCGGAGGCGCAGUCGGUCACCCGUAGCAACAUCGAAAUCGAGCAGGCACAGUCGUAGCCGAAGUCGUGACCGACGCCGUCGCAGCUCAAGCCGGGACCGACGCAACCGUAGUCCUGCCGACAGAGGACGAGAUGGAGACCGACGUCGCCGCAGCCGUAGUCGGGACCGAGGUCACCGAGACCGCCGUUAUCGGUAG